AUGGACCCUUGCUACUUUCAGUUUCUGAUUUCACAUCCUAAUCAUCUGUCUUCUGAUGGCCGGGGGCGGGUAAGAAAUCCCCAGGAAUGGGGAAGAAGUAGAUCAGAAACCAACACACCUAAACUGAGGGACAAAGAACUCUUAGCACAUUCUCAGGGAAGCAGCUUUCUUACCAGCUCUGAAGGAUCUCUGCUACUGAAUUUACAGUUAAGACCAGGGAACACUCUGAUCAUGGCCUCAGAGAUCCACAUGCCGGCCCCAGUGUGCCUCAUUGAGAACAUCAGAGGGCACCUGGUGGCUAAUCAGGAAGCUUUGGAGAUCCUGGCAGCCAAUAAGAAUCCUCUUGUUGUGGUGGCUAUUGUAGGCCUCUACCGCACAGGCAAAUCCUACCUGAUGAACAAGCUGGCUGGAAAGAACAAGGGCUUCUCUAUUGGAACCACGGUGCAGUCUCACACCAAGGGUAUCUGGAUGUGGUGUGUGCCUCAUGCCAAGAAGCCGAACCACACCCUAGUUCUUCUUGACACAGAGGGUCUAGGAGAUGUAGAAAAGGUAAUUUUGAUUACCUUUUGAUUCCUCCUCACCUCUGAACAUUCUUUACACAGGGAGGUUUGUUCUUGUGUUUGUUUUUCUGAAUUUGUACUUCUGUUUGACAGAGUAUACCUUUUUUCCCUUUCUAUUUUUAAUAAUCAAAAUUUGGAAAUCUGAGAUGAGAAAAAUACAUUUAUAAGCCAGAAUCAUGACUGCGACAAGACACUAAUAUAGAGCUAGGCAGUUAACUGAAAUGCAGAAAAGAUGGUACAAAUAAAACCACUCUCACGAGUCUGAUCCUGCAGAGAAGAGUGAUUAGUAGUGAGCUCUGGGUCAGAGGAUCUUGGGUUCAAAUAAGGGCUCUGGCACUUGUAGCUUUCUGACUUUGACAAGCAAAUCUCCCCAGAUCUUUUAUUUUCCUUUUGAUCUUAUCCAACUUAGCAUUUGAACAGUAAAUACGUGGGCUUUUUCCACUUCUAUACUGGUAUUUAACAACCAGCCCAGUGUGUGGGGGUUAGGAGGAAGACUUGAUUUGUAGCACUUGCCAAUUUUCUAAAUAUUUCCAUCAAAGCGAAUUCCAAGCUUCCAAAGUGAAGUCACUAAACUCAUGGUUCAGAACAAUGAGUGUACAAUCAGCUCUUGUGAGCUGGUAUGAGCUGGCUCUAGCACCCAACAGAAUCUUUCCCUUGCACUUCCCUUGUUUUCCAUGUUUUCAUUUUGCUUUUGAUUUGCCACAAAAUCAAAAUGGCUACCUCAUUUUGUGCUUUAGUUUCCACAUCUGUAACAUGAAAACCAUAGUUAUAAACAUAUCUCCUAGUAUUGCUUUGAGUAUUAGACAAGACCAGUAAUGUGAACUGUCUUGUGUAUAAUAACUUGUCAAUAAAAUAGAUAUACAUAUUAUGUGUACAGGCCAGAUUU